AUGAGAACAGAGUAUCGAUCUUUACUCCUGUGUGUUUUCUUAGCGUUACUUUUGACUGGUACAGAUGCUGGUAUGGGAGAUAAGGGUAAAGGUAUUGGUAGUUUAAUAACAGGUUUAGCCUUAGGUAUGAUGAAACAUCAUGGUGGACACCACAUUCUGCCCAUACCUGUACCAAUUCCAAUUUCACACGGGGGAGGUGGAAAAAAGAUUAUACCAUACCCUGUUCCCCAUCAUACGCAUUCUUUCCAUCACUAUACGUCUCACUCAGGUUAUGGUGGACACGGGCAUCACGGGGGUCACGGAGGUCACGGGGGUCACGGAGGACAUUACUGGGGUUGA